GGACAGCUACAGUGUCCUAAACAGAAUAUGUAGGAGGAGGAGAGGGCUCGGACAUGGAUCUAGGAAGACUCAGCACUGGCCCGUCUGAUAGAGAUCGGUCAUUUUUUUAAAUUUAUAUUUAAAAAAUAAAAAAAACCGAGAGGCCUUAGAGAAAAGAAACCGAAGGAAUUAACAAAACCCAUCCCGGCACAAAAUAUUAAAUAGAUCAAUGGACUGAAUGAGGGCUGAAUGAAGACUGCCUAUAACGCCUAUCGAUGCCUGUCCAAGGAUCUGGAUGCCUACGCCAUGAACCCAGAGAUGACAAUGGACAGCAUUGGCAAUCUGCAUGGCGGACUGAGCCAUGACCAGGACUUGAUGAACAGCCACAGCCCCCAUCACACCCGGAACCCGGGGGCUUCUUUGCGGUUACAUCAGGAUCUGGCUGCUGCAUCGUCGCGGUCCGCCAUGGUGUCCAGCAUGGCAACGAUUCUGGACGGAGCCGGAGAGUACCGACCAGAAUUGUCUCUCCCGCUCCAUCACGCUAUGAGCAUGCCGUGUGAUACAUCCCCACCGGGGAUGGGGAUGAACGGCACAUACACCACGUUAACUCCACUUCAACCUUUACCCCCAAUUUCAACCGUUUCGGACAAAUUCCACCAUCCGCAUCACCAUCACCACCACCACCAGCGUCUCUCUGGGAACGUAAGCGGGAGUUUCACGCUGAUGCGGGACGAGAGAUGUUUACCAGCAGUGAACAACCUCUACAGUCCCUAUCAUAAGGACAUGACCGGGAUGGGUCAGAGUUUAUCCCCCCUGGCCAGCAGCCCUCUUGGCAAUGGCUUGGGUUCUCUUCAUAACACACAGCAAAACCUCCAUAACUAUGGCACUCAUGGGCACGACAAGAUGCUAAGCUCAAACUUCGAUGCCCACACUGCCAUGCUGGCCAGGGGGGAUCAACACCUCUCACGAGGCCUCGGUGGCCCCACGGCAGGUAUGAUGCCGCAUUUGAACGGGAUGCACCACACCGGGCACCCGGGCCACCCUCAAUCCCACGGGCCUGUGUUGGCUUCCAACCGGGACAGACCGCCCUCCUCCUCGGGACAACAAGGUAACAACUCGGGGCAGCUUGAAGAGAUCAACACGAAAGAAGUGGCACAAAGGAUCACAGCCGAACUGAAGCGGUAUAGCAUCCCCCAGGCUAUAUUCGCUCAGAGGGUGCUGUGUCGCUCGCAAGGCACCCUUUCAGACCUUUUAAGGAACCCCAAACCUUGGAGUAAACUUAAAUCUGGAAGGGAGACCUUUCGAAGGAUGUGGAAGUGGCUGCAGGAACCCGAGUUUCAGAGGAUGUCAGCCCUACGGCUUGCAGGUACCAGUAGAGAGCACGCCAUGAUUGGGUCAAAUGGGAUGCUCUGUCAGACACUGACAACAUUGUGCACAGGGACUCAAAACUAUGAGGACCAUGCCUCAAGACUACCUAGCCUGAUGACUCCUGGCUGUCACCAGAAGUGCUACCUUGUCCCAGACCUGCUGUUUUCCUCUCUCUCUCUACCGCACCUGCUGUCUCGACGUCUGAAUAGGCUAUGAAAAGCCAACUGACAUUUACUCCUGUUACACCCUCUACAACCACUGUGAUUAUUAUUAUCUCACCCUGCUGGUCAUGUUUGAACAUCUUGGCCAUGUCCUCUUAUAAUCUCCACCUAGCACAGCCAGAAGAGGUCACCCCUCAUAGCCUGGUUCCUCUCUAGGUUUCUUCCUAGGUUUUGGCCUUUCUAGGGAGUUUUUCCUAGCCACCGUGCUUCUACACCUGCAUUGCUCACUGUUUGGGGUUUUAGGCUGGGUUUCUGUACAGCACUUUGUGACAUUAGCUGAUGUACGAAGGGAUAUAUAAAUACAUUUGAUUUGAUUAAACACUUGGAAUAGUCUCCACAGAACAAGAUUUACGUGUGUAAAACAAGGCAAGUUCACAAAAUAUGUCAAGGUGGCGCAUUUGCUAAGGACGACAUAGGACCCCGUAUGUACUGUGAAGAAAGCAGUGAAAACAUGUCCGU